CCAUAAUACGCAGAACAAGCAGAACAAUGCCAGAGGACACGUACGACGAGAUCCUCGAGUUUGCGUACGCCCUUGCCGAGGACGCCGGCAAGCUCAUCCUCGAGGGCUCGGCGAAGCGAUGGCGCGCGCACCAGGAGUACGAGGUCAAGAAGAACCCCGUUGAUCUUGUGACAGAGACGGACCAGGCCGUCGAGGACUUCAUCAAGGCGGCCAUUGUCGCCAAGUACCCCAGCCACAAGUUGUGCGUGCGCGCCCACGUUGUUGCCCGCUCACGCCAGCAUCGGCGAGGAGAGCUCCGAGGGCAAGGCCAAGCCCGUGCUCACAGACGAAUACACUUGGAUCGUCGACCCGAUUGAUUGACGCCAGCUUCAUCCACGCAAAGUAAGACGCGCCCAGAGGCACCACUUACCCUAGCCCGAUGGUCGGGUGCAGUAUCGGCGUGGUACAUCGCUCGCGCCCCGUCGUGGGGGUCAUCAACCAGCCGUUCCUCAACCGUAUUUUCUCCGCAGCAGAGGGACGCGGCGCCUUCAUGAACCGCACCACGCCGCUCCCGCUCACCGGCGGCAUCCCGCAGCCGCUCACCCAGCUCAACCAGUGCCUCAUUGCCGCCGAGUGGGGCUCCGAGCGCUCGGCCGACACGAUGGAUAAGAAGAUCAACAGCUUCCGCAAACUCAACGGCGACCCGGACAAGGGCAUCGACGGCGGCAAGUUUGUGCAUGCGCUGAGGACGACUGGCGCGACGACGUGCAAUCUUGUGUGUGUUGCAGCUGGCGAGCUCGACAUUUCAUGGGAUGCCGGCUGCUGGGCAUGGGACGUGGCGGCCGCCGCCGUCAUCCUGAAAGAAACCGGCGCCUUCUUCCACGGCGGAAAGGAGCUGUACGCGCGCGACGCGCCAAUCGGCGAGAUCCUCAUGUCGCGGCGAUACGUCGCUGUGCGUGCGCUCCCGCCCACCGACACCGAGACGUCGGAGCAGAUCCAGCGGCGGCUCGCGACCGAGCUGUAUGAGGCGGUUGAAGAGUGGACCACGCCCAGCAUGAAGGGCUACUAGAUAUCUAGACACUGCU